GUUGGCACAAGAGACGCAAAAUCUUUGAACAUACUUACUAUUCUCUUCUCCAACGUAUUCAGAUCGACUCUGAGCGCGGAGAAAGCCCAGAACGCCCUUCCAAAGCGUUCGCAGAGGCCGUCGCGCCGGCGACCAAGUCAAUUGGCGCCCGCCAACAAACGGCGCUCGUCGCUUGUUGUUCGAGUAGGAGGGGGCGGCGCGCACUCCGCGCCCUCGCGUCGCCGCGCUGACUCUCGCCAUGGCCGGAGACGGCCAGGAGGCGCCGCAGGACAAGAGCCUGCAGGACCAACUGCUGGACGCGCUGCUGCAGGGCGAGCUGCAGGACUUCCGGCGGCUGCUGGCGCACCCGCGCGUCAACCCCAACCACCGGUACGGCAAGCCGCACUUCGGCACGUGCCUAGAGCUGGCAUGCCGGCAGCGCGGCCGCCACGACUUCGUCCGCGAGCUGCUGGCCAAGGACAGCGCGGGGCGGACGGCGCUGCACUAUGUCGCCAAGAGCUUCCCGACGGGGGAGGAGUCCGCCGACUACGAGCGCUGCCUGGCGCUGCUGCUGGCGCACCCCGGCGUGGACGCCAACCGCGCCAACCACAAGGGCUUCACGCCCAUCCACGAGGCGGCGCUGCAGGCCGGCAAGCACGCCGUCCAGGCCUUCCUGCUGCACGCCAAGCAGGACCUGGACCUGGACUCGGCGCGCGGCCACGGACGCACCGCCCGCCAGGCCAUCGUCGAGCGCUUCCCGGAGCUCAAGAAUUCACUUCCUGAGAAUCAAAAGGACAUCACAUGUGGCCGUCGUGAUCCCCAGAGCAGACUUAUUGUAGAGUUACAGGAGCGCAAUCUGGAGAACUUUUGCCAAUUGCUUCUUCAGGUAGAUACAGAAGGCAGCAUCCUGGCUGAUCCAAACUACCAGUACGGCAAACCCAUCAAUGCAACUUGCUUGGAACUUGCAAGUAAAGAACAAGAUUCUGAAGAAUUUAUCAAAGCACUUUUGAGAGCAGGGGCAGACCCAAAUGUUGUCAAUCCUCUGACUGAAAAAUCACCCAUUCAUGUUGCUUCUGAAAAUGCUAAUGCUGGGGCUCUAAAAAUUUUGAUAGAUCACAAAACUACCAACAUAAAUUCCACAGAUUCUCAUGGUAGAACUGCAUUACAUUACAUUGCCAGUAGAAGAAUUGGAGAAGACAAAAGAGACCAAGAUUGUUUAUCAAUGCUUCUUGCUCAUCCUGAUGUGAAUAUUAACAUAGCUGAUAAUGAUGGAGUGACACCAAUUUUAUCUGCAGCAUUGUCUGACAAUAGAGCAUGUGUAGAGACUAUGUUGAAAUUAAAGGCAGAAUUUAUUGAUCUCCAUAAUGUUAAAUUGAAUGGUGAAAAAACUGUUUGGAAUGUCAUAACAGAGAUAUAUCCUGACCUUUCACAUCUUUUACCAAAUUAUUCAUAUAGUGUCUAUGCAUUGCAGCCAACUGUUCAUUCACAGCUGAUUCAACAUCUUCAUAAGCGUCAAACGAAAGAAUUCAUUGAAAAAAUAACGUUACAUAAUAGAGAAAAUGAGUAUGUAAAUGAUGGUGAUGGGAGUUAUACAUUUUUGCAGUAUGCUUGUAAACAUGGCCUGCAUGAUGUAGUUGAGAUUUUACUUAAAAAUGGAGCAGAUCCUAAUCAAACAUUAGAAAAUAAUAGAUGGCCACCAAUUGUAAUAUCCUGCAGCAGGCGACACCACAAUAUUCUUAUGCUGUUUCUUAAUUUACCUAGCAACAGGAAACUUGACAUAGAUGCAACAGACAUGAAAGGCAACACAGCUUUACAUUAUGCAGCAAAACAUGGUGAUCUUAAUUCUGUUCUUGCCUUGCUCAGUCACGGUGCCAAUAUUGAGGUCAAGAACAUAUUUGAUAAGCCUCCACUUCCAGCCAAAGCUGUAGAAAACUUAUUAAAUCAAUGUUUAAAGGCUGAUGGGAAACACUACCCAGAAGAAGACGAUUACAAAGUUUUGUUUGAUUAUGAAAUAUUAGUACCAAACAAAAUACAAACAAGCACUGAAAAAGUCACAAAAAAUGAUGAUUUACCUCUAACAGAGUUGACUGUAGAGGAUGAGUGUGAAAUUGUCAUUCCAAAAAGCUCUUUCUGCCAACUCAAUGCAGAAAUGGAGUUUUUAUUUUACUUAAGCAAGUCUGAGGAACAUCGAUAUCUCCUGAAACAUCCUAUAAUCACCAGCUUCCUUCUCCUCAAGUGGUACAGAGUUCGCUUCUCUUAUUAUGUGAAUUUAAUGUUCUACACUUUAUAUGUUAUUUUUCUCAAUGCAUAUAUACUUGUAGAAGUAGAAAAUGCAGAGAAUGAUCAAGACUUGUUGAUGAACCUUGCAAAUGGGUCUCUUCCUGUUCGCACUCAGUUUCUUCUUAUCAGUUUAACGAUACUGUUGUCAUAUUUAUUAAUAAGAGAACUCGUGCAAUUCCUUAUGUGCCCAGGACAGUAUAUAAAAAAUGCAGAAAAUUUAUUAGAUUGGAGUCUUAUUAUUUUGACAAGCCUCACUUUAUUUGUUAAAAUAAGUAACUCAGAUUGGAGAAAAUCAGUAACUGUAAUGACUGUGCUGCUAUCAUGGGCAGAGCUGGUAUUAGUUACAGGCCGUUUGCCCAAACUAUCCCGAAAUAUUCAAAUGUUGAAAACAGUCUCAUGGACAUUUCUACGAUUUUUGAUUUGGUAUUCACUUCUAAUUAUAUCUUUUGGAAUCUCAUUUUAUACAUUAUUUCAUGAUGCAGGAGUGGAUAAAGAAGGGGAAAAUAUAUUUCAAGAUUUGGGAAGAGCUCUUUUCAAAACCUUUAUAAUGAUGACUGGAGAGUUUAAUUCAGAUGAUAAAAUACCAUUUAAAUCUACAAAUGUUACAGGCCAUAUUUUGUUUAUGUUAUUUGUAUUUUUAAUUGCUAUUGUAUUACUUAACUUAUUAACAGGUCUUGCUGUUAGUGAUACUCAAGCAAUCCAAAACAACGCAGAUAUUCUAAGUGUAAUUUCAAGAAUUCGCCUAGUGUAUGAAAUUGAAAGUAUGAUGUUAGGCUGGCAUCACAAGAUUUUUCUCUUGGGCAUAUUUCGACCUUUUGCUUAUAGAUUGGAAAAUUGGGUAAAAGCUAUCUCUCUCUUUCCUCCAUCUGUACACAAUAAACAUGUUUGUGUUUUACCAAACAAAGGAAAUAACAUUAUAACACCUCAUGAGGAUGGGGUAAAAUGCAAAAUGGAUGUAGAGAUUUUGGGUGCUGCUAUGAACAUUAUAGGAAGUAGAAACAGAGCUACAGACAUAGAUCUCAUCAAGAACAGGCUAGAUGCAAUAGAAAAAUGUCAAUCUGCAAAUAGCCAAAUACUAAAUGUAAUACUGACUAAAUUGGAUGAAAUACAGACAAAGUAGAUUGUAUUCGAAUUGCUUUUUAUGAAUUGGCAGUAAAAAAAAAAAUUGUUCGAAUUAAAAUUUCUGAACAUAAAGUUUAAAGGCAGAAUGUUGUAGAAAAAAACAAAUAGUGAGGUACAAAGGCUUUCAAUCCAUUAACACAUUCUUAAAUUUAUUUUGCUUUAACAUCUUUUUUGUGCUAAAGCUUUUCCUUUUAAAAUGUAUCAUAUUUUAAAUAAUAAUGUGAGAAUAAUUAGAAAAACUAGCAAGUACUUCACAUAUAUUAAUACAAAAUUUCCUUCUUGUACUUGAAUGGAUAGUAGUAGUAGUAGUGUGUCAUGAGGUCGAGCACGGCCUCUGGUGGUUAACAGAUAUGCACACCAGUUACAGGAUGCCAUCUUUUUGAAUGGAUAUAACAGUAAAACUCUCUCAAUAUUUUUAAUGUGAAAAUUUGUUCAAUGAACAUAAACCAAGUUCCUGGAAAACGUGGUAAUUCUACUGUAUUACACUGUAAAAUGUAGAAUAUUGUGUUAUCUAUAAAAAGAACAACACUGGUUACCUUAGUCUCCAUAUUUAUCGAGGUUGACUGCAAUAACAAAUGUAGAAUUUUAAAAUGAUAAUCAAUAACAAUUAACUUUUUGCUUGUUCAGUGUUUGUAAUAUACCAUUUUAUAUAACAUAUCAUGAUCUUUUUCUUAUUCAUCUACAAGUCAUUUUACACCUGAUUCUCAGAAAUUUUUUUGCAACACAAUUGCUGGCAAAAUACAACACACCCAUAAGAAAUGACUUAAAAUAUCAAGCUUUCUAAAGCAAUAGAGGUAGCAAAAUUGCCACCAUUAUGGCAGGGUUACUGAAAUGAAAACGUGCUGUGUAUUGUAAUGCUGCAGCAAAAAACAAUGAUAUUUCAACAAAACAUCUCUUUUUGUGUGUCAUGGAUACUGAAAAAGGGG